UAUAAAAUUAUAAAAACCAAACCAAAUAUACCAAACAUAUUAUGGAGUGUUCGCAAAAUAAUUAAAAAACUUACAUUAUGACAGAUUUGACAUUUCUUAGCGCAAGCAGAAUUGUUAUGAUUUGCUUCUAGUUUCCUCUGUUGUGCUGUAUUCCUAAUGAAAAGAAGUGCUAUGGAACAUAUGACAUAUGAAAUUGCAGUGAAAAAAGCUCAACUUGUAGAACGUAAUCCGGCGCCUAAUGGACUCCCUUUAGUUAGUCCAAGUCGGGUAUCCAUGCACGAUGAAAUGGAUAUAAUAAGUCUGGCAGAAGAAAUCCAAAAGGCGGAUAAAAAUUUGCGAUCAAAUACAUGCGGAAAACUUUGCCUCAUUCUUGACCAGAUAAGAUUUUUGCAAUCACAAGCUGCUGAUAUAAUAAGAGAAGCAAAUGAAAGUAUGGAUUUAAAUAAAAUUGCUUGCAAUUUUGUAAAGCAAGCUGGGAAAGUGUAUCAUCUGUAUCAAAAGCCAUCGGGUCAAAAAUACUUCAGUAUAUUAACGCCAGAAGAUUGGAAUGGUUACAUAGAACAAACAUAUUUAGGUAGUUACAGAUUGGAGAACGAUUUUUCUUGGACAGCUGUAGACAAAAUUGAAGAACGUGAUCAAAAAAUGAAUAUAGCCGCAAAAUUAAUACAACAGCCUGCUAUAGAAGCUAUUUGUGCCCCAAGUUCACCUAUGGUUACAAAUAUCAUCACUGAAUCAAUAGACUGAAUAGUCAUAAAACGAAUAUUAAAGUAGCAAGAUUAUAGGAUAUAAAAUCAUAAAUAAAUAUAUAAUUAAGAUCCAAUUACUUUUUUUAAACUUAUACGAAUGAGUCAAAUAAAACGAAUUGUGCAUCUUGUUUCUCUCUGUAAAAUA